AAACUCGCGAUAACUGAUAACUCCAUAGCAUCGUGCGCUUUCUUUCCUCAGUUUCUCCGUUAUCGUCAGCCAGUGCAGGUCUAACCCCCUGUAUGUGAUCAGUGAGCGUGCGGAGUUAUCGAACAGUGCCAUGCAGUUGCAGGUCGGUAACGAUUCCACGGGAAAUCACCCCGCAGGACGAAGUAAUCGUCCUGCCGCGAUCCUGGACUCUCCUACGCUCGCGAGGGUUGAACGUGCAAUGUUGAGGCACGAGGAAGGAACCAAUCGACAGGGCCAGGACAUUGCGAGAGCCCAGUAUACACAGUCUCUCCUUCCUAGUUUUGGGAAGGAAACAGCACAUGUGAUAAAGCGGGGUCUACUUUGGCAACAGCGUGAUAAGUUCUUCAGCCGUUGGAAGGAACGCUACUUCAUCCUCACUAGAGACUACUUGUAUGUCUUCCGAAGAGCGUCAGGAACUGACAGAAUCUCAGAAAUGGGCCAGUUCAUCUUCAAAGUGAAACUAACCGAUUUAGUCAAAAUAGAAUGGGAAAAUAAAAAGACUUAUAGCACUGUUGCUCUCAUCCUCGGUCGAGAUGGUAAAAUCUAUCUCAGGUCCUCUGAAGGACUAGAGGAUUGGUUCGAGCUCCUAGAAGAAUGCAUGUUCACCAGCAAGGAGAAGAGAAAAGCAAUGAGAUAUUCUCACAACGAUGGUAAACCUAGAGAUAAUAAUAAUGUUAAUAAUUGUCUCGACGAGUGGAAAGCUGAUCGUCACAAAAUACCGAUGGGACGACUAGCUACGGAUAAUGUAACCACGAGACAAGAGGCUGUGAGGAAACGACCAAGGGGUCCAAAAGAAGAAGAAUGGGAACCCCCUACAUUGGACUAUAUCAAUAGACUUUCUCUUUUGACUGACAUCGAUAUCAGCACAUACGACGAUAGUACCCUAGGUGCCCCUUCAGUCACUUCAUACAGAAUGAAUGAUGACGUUUUCUGUGUUCAACCACCAUCUCUCAGAGCAAUGGGCUCAUUCCGAUCCUCCAGGGAUUCUACGAAUUCGACAUCGAAAAGGAAUCCACCAGAUGGAAAGAGUCACUACUUCAAAUUCAGAGAACGUUCCUACAGCGACAUCCAGCGAGUGUAGACGAACUACAACGACUCAUAACUCAUCAGCAGUAAUUGGAUCAUUAGGUGUUAUUUUAGUCUGUUGACUAGUCAUUCCCAAAGACAGUGCUGAUAUAGUUUCGAAUGCCAAAUAAUUGUAUCUAGGCAAUACGUUAUCAAAUUUUACUCAUUAUCUUUAUGAAUUAAGUUUUUCGAAUCAUAUUAUUGAAAUGGUUUCUCAAUUUCUCAUAGUGCUUGUGAAUACUUCCUGUAAGUUUUGUACCAAUUUUGUGACAAUCUGUAAUUGUGAUGUUGGUCUUUGCGAUAUUGGAUUGGUAGUUUGUUAUGUAUUUUUACUAUGUAUUUAUCUAUGAUGGAAUGUAUUAAAUGGAAUUAUGGAUGUAACUGAA